GAGCUGUGUAGGUAUGUCUUGCGCUUCAUAUGGAGACGACCGCAGGAAGUCUCGCCUCUGGAGCACAUCAGACUUCCUGUUCUCCUUCGUUUAAUUGGCCAGAAUUUGCCAGAUAUUACAGAAGGGCGAUGAACGAACAGCGCCGACGUUUUGAGCAAGGGGAGCCAGUUGGCUAAUAAGCUAACACUUUGGCUCUUCAAUAUGAAAACAUCUUAAAUCUGCAACGAAAGUAACUAUGUAAAUCACGUCUUAAAUAGCCAAAUCCCAUCUGUUUUAAUCGGAAAAGAGGAGACGUUACUUUUUUGGAAAAGAGUCCUGCUUACGGUGUGUGUGUCGUUGAUACAAGUAGGCACGAGGCUAGAGGGAUACACUUCCCGGGCUGCAACAAACAGUUUCUGGGCAGUGCGCAAACGCACCAUCGUCAUCCAGGCAAAGGCAUGCCCAUACAGUGUUUGGUAGCAUGAGGAGCCCCGCCCACCACUGCAGGGACAUUGAGAGGCAAGCUGGUUACCUGCAGCCUGAGCAUUGCGCCCCUCCCCCUCCCCGCGGACGGCCCAGCGCUAUGUGGUUCAUCCGGGAUGGCUGUGGCAUCGUGUGCGGCAUCAUAACCUGGCUCCUGGUCUUCUAUGCUGAGUUCGUGGUGGUGUUUGUAAUGCUGCUGCCUUCCAAGAGUCUGACCUACAGCAUAAUCAACGGCACACUCUUCAACAGCCUGGCCUUCCUCGCCCUGGCCUCUCACUUCAGAGCCAUGUGCACUGACCCUGGAGCUGUGCCAAAAGGAAACGCCACAAAGGAGUUCAUCGAGAGCUUGCAGCUGAAGCCUGGCCAGGUGGUUUACAAGUGCCCCAAGUGCUGCAGCAUCAAACCUGACCGAGCACACCACUGCAGUGUAUGCAAACGCUGCAUUCGGAAGAUGGACCACCACUGUCCCUGGGUCAACAACUGUGUGGGAGAAAACAACCAGAAGUACUUUGUGCUUUUCACAAUGUACAUUGCCUUGAUAUCUCUUCAUGCCUUGGUGAUGGUUGCAUUUCAUUUCCUCUACUGUUUUGAAGAAGACUGGACAAAGUGCAGUACCUUCUCACCCCCGGCGACUGUCAUCCUGCUCAUCCUUCUAUGCUUCGAGGGGCUCCUCUUCCUCAUUUUCACAUCUGUGAUGUUUGGCACCCAAGUCCAUUCAAUCUGUACCGAUGAAACAGGCAUAGAGCAAUUGAAAAAGGAAGAGAGAAGAUGGGCUAAAAAAACUAAAUGGAUGAACUUGAAGGCGGUGUUUGGACACCCCUCCUCUAUAGCAUGGCUCAGCCCUUUCGCCACACCCGACCACGGGAAGGCAGACCCCUACCAGUAUGUGGUCUGAAAUCAGCGGACACAUCUGCCCAUGCACCACCUUGUCCCCGCCCCCCCCCCCCCGACCUUGUUCACACCCCUCCUCUCCCUGUUCUGCCCUGUCCUUCAAGUGCUAAGACUGAUGCAUGCAGGCGUGCGGGUUCUUCUGUCCUCAUUGGCUAUUCUGAACAUGAUUGUAAACCAAUGCACACUUUUUUUGUGUCAAACAUUUAAAUAUCUGUUGUUGUUUUUUUUGUUUGGUUUUUUAAAAUCUGGAAACAGUUGCAGAUAAAAAGAAUGGCAGUUAUCCUGUCAAAUCUGCUUUUGUAACUCUGUAACCUUUUGUCAUUUGUUCAGCUUUCUUUACCUGAAGCUGUUUACUGUAUUAACUGAUUCCGUUUUCCUGCUGUUCACUCUAAUCUCUCCCAAAGCCCUCCUUUAAAAAACGCUUCCAGUUUCCUCUGUUAUGUAUCACAGCAGACGUAGCGUUUCUCAGCAGGGGGAAAGAGGCAGUCUGUCCAGAGUGGAGGUCAACAGACUGUUUGGCUGUUUGUGCUGUGUUUGUGUUCUGUGGCUAGUAAGGAAAGCAUAUGGAGUGUCAGAUGAAUCCAGUUUACUGGCUAUUUGUAGAAAUAUAAAACCACGCCUGUUUAAAAUGUCAGGAUCUUGAAAAAAUGAAAAUGAAAAAUAGUCAACACAUUUUAAAUUAUGAAUGAAAAUCUUACUUUAAGGAUAUUACCAGUUUUUCAGUGAGGGCUUGACAUUCAUGAUAGUGGCAUUUUUAUUGCGAAAGAGAAUAACAUAAAUCUUCCACACCAUUGAUGUGUUCUUAUAAUCAAAACCCCUUUCAGUUGGUUGGCAGUGGUCAUAUCACUUCAUGCUGCAUGUUAUACCUCGUGGAGAGCUGGUGGAGUGGGUAGCAAUUUCUGGUAGUUGUGUUCAGUCCUGUUUGAACAGAUGUAGAAUAGCUAGAUCACGCACAGCAUACUUUGAGGUGCAUUUUUAAUUACCGUCCAGUCGUCCUGGGUAUUUACACAGGUACACCCUGGUGUUCUGUAACCUGUGAUGGAGCAUGAUGCUUUCCCUCUGCUUCUGUUCAGUAGGCCUGCCUUUCUUAUGUGACAUAUCUGAGACUGUUGCUGUUAGUGGUCACUUUCUAGUCUUGUAAUAUGUCUGUGCCUGUGUGAACUGAUGCCUUUUUUGCACAGAGUGUCGUUCAGUGGCCUGGUGCUAAGGGGCUCCCGGUGGGCCCCCAGAAGGUUGUUAGUUCAGACUCAACUCAUAAAAUAAAUGGUUUGACAGAAAUAGGAAUACCCCCCACAGUGAGCCAGUCAGAAAGGGAGAGUAACUGUGUGUGAGUAACACUGGCCUUUCCCUAGGCCUCAUUAGCUGGCUGCCAGUGUCAGCCAGCAUGAAGGAUAGGCGCCGAGUGUAAUAAUUAUAACCUGUUUAUUUUGGCUGAUUUCUGCUUUAUCCUCAGAACUCGGUCUUGGGUGUUUUCCUUCAAUUACUUCAGUUGCAGUGAUGUUUGCUUUUGUUUCUUUGGAAAAUUGGACCAGGCAUGUGGUUUUAUUUCGGGGCCCUAUCUCCCCUUUAAAAGGCCAACAUUUUUUUUUGUUUUUGCCAUUUGUGACUCCAGCAGUAGAAAGUAAUGGCCAAGUCAAGCACUUUCAUAGCUUGCCCAUCAUUCUCCAUUGGUCAUAAAGAAGAGCUCCGCUAUGUCAGCCAACAUGGUCCCCACCCCAGCUUACUAGUGACCUGACACACAUUUAACAUACUACUAUUGAACUAUUAGAGAUGAAUGUUACUUAAUUCGCAGAAUGAAGGAGCUUCCACAUGCAGACGGUAUUGGAUCAUGUAGUUCUGUGUAGUGCACAUAUCAAGAAGGCAUCACACUUUGGUCUGAAAACGUCAAGCAGCAGAAGUUCAGUCUUGCUGAGCGACUCAGGCUGAACAAAUACAUAGAGCUUCCUGAGACACUGUGCUUUUAAUAAGCUGUCCUUUUAUUUUCAGUAAAUUGCAUCCACAAGCUGCAGGGAGAAUGGAGCUUUUCGAACAGGAUUUUUGCCAAAUGUUUACUUUUUUGUUUGUUGUUGACUAUUUUAUAUUUUUAACUUGAUGAUUUAAUGGACUGUGAAACAUGCCACGCUGUCUUGUACUGGGAAACAUUGAUAUACUGUGGUGUAUGUUGACAGCAUGAUUGCCUUUUUUAAUGUAAGUGUAUAUGUAUGUAUAUUUGACACUAGGCUGAAAUACCAUUAUUUCUUUUAUAAAUUGCUGCCAUAGAUUUAAGUGGUUACUAUGGUUGGUGGUAUGUCUUAAUAAUAAGUUGAUGGGCAGGGAUCAUUUUCAGCUUUGGCACCACUGUUCUGUUAGAUUAUUUGUGUGUGUGUGUGUGUGUGUGUGUUUGUGUAAGUGAACUUGAGAGAGCUUUUCACUCAGAAGAAUGGGUUCUGAAAGUAUCCUCUGUGUCUCCAUAGAGUGGGCUUCCCCAACUCUGUUCAUGGAGAUUUACUGUUCUUUAGGUUUUCACUACAACCUUAACAAAGCGCACCUCGUUCAACAGCUAUAGAUCUCGCUGAGCUGCAAAUUAGUUGAAUCAGGUGUGCCAAAUUGAGGAUGAACUGAACCUACAGGAUGGAUCUCAGAUACAUGGUUGGGCAACCAAUCUAUGAGCUUUCACAAUUUUCACUCUGACAGAGUUCCAUAAAGCAGUAAAAGGGGUUGACUUGUGGAGACAGAGGUGGAAAGUCCAGGGGUCAGAAAGUAAAAGUCCUGUCAUGCGUUUCUUCCGCCCAUGAACUCAGCUAGCUGAUUUCACUAAUUAGUUCUACCUCCUGGCUGAACAAUUUAAUUAGGUGAUUGGAGCAAAAUACUGUGGAUGACUUCUUUCUGAACCUGGAUUUUCCAUAUUUGAAGAAAAGUAAAAUAAUUUCUAUUUCUGAGAGUGUAAAAGGGAAAAAUUGACCGUGCGUAGUGCUCUAUUUAUCCAGUGAAAACUCUGAACACCCCUUUUAUUUUUCCUAGCUGCCUUGAUGAGAAAUUACACAUCAACCUUGUCAUGAGUGGAGCUCCCAUGUGCUGUAUUUCACUGACGUUGAUCAAGCAAUCAUAAGAUGUUCAAUGACACAGUGAAAACCUUUGUUUCAAAUCUGUGGCCCACCCAUUUUUGGGUUAAUGAAGCUCCACUCUCGCAUCACUUGAUUCUCUUACUCAAAUUCAAGUUAAGCUAAUUAAAUAACUGUAGAAAAAAGAUGAUUUUAUGCAGAAAUACAUGUUAAAAUAAGAUUGAUUAAGGAAUUGCAUAACCUAUAUUAUGUGCAACACCAUUUAUGAGGACUGGAUUUAUUAAAGCUGUAGUCCAUUUUUGAAAUUGAUUCUUCUUUGUUUUUUUUUUUUUGUUUUUUUAAAUGCGCUGUUGCUGAAGCAAAAAAGAGGUAAUGAAGCAGGGUGGUUAAACUUUCUUUGUCCAACUUUACUUGAAUACAAGUGUAAAAUAAGGCGCAUCUAUGAUUCACCAUGGAUAGUUUUUAUCUCUGUACUUUAUCUCUGGUGGAGGAAGUCGGGUGCCACACCUGCCAGUUGCGUGGGCGCACACACCUUGGUUGCGUUGGCAAAUCAGCCCAGGGCUUGAAGGCAUACUAUGCAGGAUUUUUUUAACCUUGGUGUGAUCAUGCAUUUACAAUCAAAGAAAUCUCCUUCUCCAUCUUCAACCCUGCCCACUCACCCCAAGUACUUGACUUUGGCCAUCUACUUACCUAACGUAGCUAGCUGGAUAGCUAGUGGUAACGUUAAUUACAGUUCCAACAGAAACCAUGCCAACUCUGCGCCGUUUUCAUCCCCUUUGUGAGCAUCAGGUGUCACCAUCAAGGAAAAGCAAUUUCAAGGUUUGCUCUGGUUUUUGAAAAAGAUCUGUUGGCUUGUCGUUUUGCUUUGCUGUACUUGUGCUUCACCUGCGCCAUUGCUGUGGCUAGCUAUAAACACUAUGCCCAGAAACAUCCCAAAAAUAUUUUAGAAGAAAUACAGGCAGAGGGGAACGGAUGCAGCAAAUGUGUGCAAAGACAGGGACUGCCAGUUCAUCAUAGAUAUGACUGAACCUGCUUAUUUUAUAAAAAUUUCCUGUAUAGUAUGCCUUUAAAGGUGUGCGUCAUGCCACAGUAGGGAGCAUAGACCAGAAUUUCUAGACAGAGAGAACAAGUGUGAAAAAUGGAGAGCCAGGCAGAAAAGCUGGACCACUGAGUAUAGUUGAAAGCUUUUGCCAUUUGGUUUAUUUUGUCUUUGUUAUUUUAGUUCAUUAUUUGUGCGUGGAACCCAUGAAGGGGAGUAGUGAAGAUUCAGUUGUUUAAUGUAUACUUUCUAGUCCUAUCUAUCGGCAAUAAAAUGCCGGUGAAAACUGCAAUUGCCAAAUCUCCCUGUGUCCAGCAAUACUCAUCCUCCCAGGGGUAUCGCCUGCCAUGUGACAAUCUCCCAUUAUUUUUUUCAAAUAAUAACAUCAUUAUUAUUUAUAAUGUUCAUGUUUUAUUAGUAGUAGUAGUGAUGGUACUACUAGUAGUAGUAAUCACCAUUAUCAUAAGUGUGUAUUCCCAGUCAAAUUUAAUUUAAAAGCUUGUGCGAAAUUUACUACUUGUUAAGUUGAUAAAGACCAAAACACUAGAGUCCUCCCGUGUUAUUCCCUGAAGGGCCUCAUUCACGAAACAUGUAUGUUCCGAUUUGAUCGUAAAAUGUUCACAAACGUUUCCAUGAACAUUUCGGCAUUCAUCUUUUUAAAAAAUCUGAAUUUGUUCUUUGAAACGUUCAAAAUCUAUGUGUUUCGAAAAACACGUAUAGGCAUGCGUAAACACAGAACAGGUUUCUAUUUAAAGUGCUUUUUUUUUGCAGGCAUAUUAACAAAAACGUAACCAUACUAUUAUAGGCCUAAAUAGGCUAUUGAUUCUAUCUGCAUUAACUAACUAUAUGCAUCUCACAUUUUUCACUAGUUUUUAUUUUUCUAUUUGAUUUCAAAAAUUGAUUUUAAUGUUUAGUUUUAAAAGCUGGUUUUCUAGUUUUUGUUUUUGCUAGUUCUUUUAGGGCUACAAUAAACUUGUUGAACAUA